CUCGUGUUUUUUGAUAAAUAUUUAUUUGUAUAGACUGUAGAUUGUUGUUACGUUUUUGUAAAGGAUAAAUUAAUGAAGUGAAGUGAUGUUGAUCAGUCGGGUGCCCGAGGAGGGUGCGGGGCGGGGCGAGCCGGCGGAGGCGCCUGGUGGCCAGACGGCCAGUGAGCUGUUUGAGCUGAUGAGCAAAGACCAUGACUUCGAAGCAGGAGACGACCCUCUUACAACCAGCGACCUCGUGCUGCUUUACAAGAACAUCGACCUUGGGACGCAGCUCAUGAGCAACGUUCGCGAGCGACCCAACCAGCGCGUAGAGACCGUGUACCACGACGAGACCGAAACCGACUCCGACCUCGGCGAGAGCUGCAGCAGCGAGGAGCUCCGCAACAUCAUGCUCGCCAACAAGGAGAGGAUCGACUUGUUCACCAACCCCCCCUCCCUCAACUCCCUCUGCCACAAACUAGGCGAUCUAGAAAUACAAGUCUCCAAUAUCUCCAACGACUUGUACGACGACCGCCACUUUCUGAACAGAGAUCCGUACAUAAAGGAACAACUCCAGCACCUACAGCUCAUGUCCAGAACGAACGAGUUUAACGCCUUGCUCCCGGCUUCGCUGCUCGACUACAUUUGCUGCAAGCGCUUGGAAGACAAUUACAACUUCUACAUGGAUGACAUUAUUACAUACGUUAAGCACACUAUCGAUCAAUUGAAACGCAUUAGCAACGGGGAUUAUUUGCCGGAAAAAGUAAAGAAAAAGUGGAGGGAAUCGGACCCCAAAAGCAUUGAGAAUGCGUCGAAAAUUUUGACGACGUCAAUAAGCAUGCCUCUGCAGGUGAAGCAAAAGACGACCGGGUUGACGCCUGUCUGGGAUGAUAUCGUCCACACGGAAGUAGACUUGAGGUCGCUCGUCAAAAUAAUGGAAAAGAAAAUCGUUCUGGAAGUUCCGAGAAUGAUCAGCGACUCGUAUAAGUUUUUCAGCAGGUAUCGUGCUGACAAAUUAGUGAUGAGCUGCUCACGGCGCCAGAGCGAAGGCGAGCGGCCAGAAACGAAGUCUCGUGUGGACGUCGUGUUAACAGUGCAGCGCGCCGCCGCCGGCCAGCUCGUUAGCAACAUCCAUUCUAUCAUGGUCCUACAACACGAGGGCCAAGCUGCACGAACAGAUCGUCCUAAGAUGUUGCCUAUAGAAUAUCAGAAGCCAGAGCAAACUGACGAGUUAAUACCGAAAGUCAUCGAGGUCCUCGAAAUUGAACAAAAUACAGGAAACAGGUCUAGUGGUCAAUCCGAUGAGUUCGGUUCUAUAUGCUCGAUUUCAGAUGCGACAGAUUCAAAAGAAAGUGACGGUAAGUCGAAGGAGGACUCUGACAGCUCGAGCACGGUGCCGCGGCCCGGCAGCCCCAGCGCCAUGGUGCAGAUCCUCACCUCGGCCGCGCGCGUCUUCCGCGCCGAGGCCGCCUCCGAGCACGCCACCCCCAACGACUUGACCUUCUCCAUCACAACCAUUAACCCAGAAACAUCUUUACCCGAACAAUGUACUUCAGACUCCGUUUAUGCCAAACCGAAGAAGUCUCCCGAGCGAGUCCGAAUAAAGUCUCCUUACGAAAAUAAAUCCUUUGUCAUAGAGGAAAGAAGAAGAAAGAAACUUUUAGAAGUUAAGGAACGGCGCGAGAGACGAAAAAUGGCUUCGAACGAAAACAGUAAAGUGGCAAAACAUAAGGCUUUUCCACAGGCAGUUAGCUCGGUCACCAAAUUAUCCAUUACUAACAAAGCUUUUUACAACUCUAUAUAUGGGCAGAAUGGUAAUGGUGAGAACGGUAAGCGAAAGUCUGCAACGUCAGUCAACAAUGGUAACACGCGCAAGGGGAGGCGAAGAUAG